CCAGCCUGGGCGAUCGCAGCGCCGGCCGUCCCGGCUGUGCCCUAAGAGAGAGAGGCUGCCGCUUUCCGGCUGGAAGCGGCGGCCCGUAGCCGCGAGCCCGUGCAGUGCCCGGGGCCGCCCUCUGCCCGGGGCCGGCUGCCAAAGGCCGCCGCGGGGCCGCAGCCCGGCGCCCCCGCCCCCGGCGUUCGCGGCUCCCCCUCCCGCCCGCAGAUAACCGCGGCCCCUCAGGCUCUUCCCCUCCCGCCCAGCGCGGAAUCGGGCCCGUCUCGCAGCCGCUCUCCCGGCGCCAGCUCCCUCUCGUCGCCGCCGCGGCGCGGGUAAGGAUGGCUCGGCAGCCCCGGGGCUUUCUGCAGGAGGCCUCUCACCAAGUCGUCGCCGGAGGCUCGGCGGGUCUUGUAGAAAUUUGCCUGAUGCAUCCCCUUGAUGUAGUGAAAACAAGGUUCCAAAUUCAAAGAGGGAAAACUGAUCCAACCAGUUACAAGAGCCUGGGGGACUGUUUUAGGACUAUUUUCCAACGAGAAGGAUUAUUUGGCUUCUACAAAGGAAUACUUCCUCCUGUCUUGGCUGAGACACCCAAAAGGGCAGUGAAGUUUUUUACCUUUGAACAAUACAAGAAGCUACUGGGAUAUGCAUCAUUGCCACCAGGACUGGCAUUUGCAGUUGCUGGCUUGGGAUCUGGGUUGACAGAGGCAGUUGUGGUUAACCCAUUUGAAGUAGUGAAGGUUACCUUACAGACCAAUCAGAACGCCUUCACAGAGCAACCAUCUAGCUUUGUUCAAGCUCAGCAGAUCAUUAAAAGCGGUGGUCUGGGCUUCCAAGGACUCAACAAAGGCCUUACUGCAACACUGGGCCGUCACGGAGUUUUUAACAUGGUUUACUUUGGAUUCUACUUCAAUGUGAAAAACAUUCUUCCAGUCAAUAACGAUCCAAAUUUGGAGUUUUUGAGGAAAUUUGGAAUUGGGCUAGUCUCAGGAACAAUAGCCUCAAUUAUUAACAUUCCUUUUGAUGUUGCAAAAAGUAGGAUUCAAGGACCACAGCCAGUUCCUGGAGAGAUCAAGUACAGAACCUGUUUUAAAACUAUGGCAACAGUCUAUAAAGAGGAAGGAUUUCUGGCUCUGUACAAAGGCUUGCUUCCCAAGAUCAUGAGGCUCGGUCCAGGUGGCGCAGUGAUGCUUUUGGUUUAUGAAUACGUUUAUGCAUGGCUUCAGGACACAGUUAAUCACAAGUAGCACUUCUGAAAAGUGUACUCUUUAAAAUUAUAUGCAUUCUAAAAUACACUGUAAUAAAGGAAAAGUGAUUCUUAUCCUUUAUAGUGUUGAAUACCCUCAGAUUGCACUGAUGUUCAUACAGUUCCAAACAAAUAUGGUCUCUAGGUCCUGAUCCAAGAAAACAUUUAAGUACAUGCUUUUCUGUAAGUGCAUAAUUAAAUAGCACUUGACAUUUGUAAUUGUUUUGCUGGACCAAGAGAAAAUAUAAAGCAGACUUAAGACUGUGAGUUUUUAAAGGACAAACUGAAAUUUCUUAACACAGAAUCAUCCUAUGUAAUCAUAUACUUUUUUAAGUUUUCAGUUUCUGCUGAAAUGGCAAGAUAAAAACUUUCAGGGUAUUUUAAGAAAAAAAGGAAUAACCCUGGGGGGGACAGAUACUAAGCUAAUGUAAACUGACAGCUCCAUUGACUCCACAUUAAGAAAAUAUCCAUAUUCUACAACUCUUCAGUCAGUCUUGGGUCCAGUUUCAAUUCAGCCCAGUAUGAUUUUGGCAUUUUCAAGUUCUUGGGAGUUCGGCUAGAAAAGCAAGUAGCCACAACCUUAAAAACAUGCAUACUGCUAAAUAUCCUACUUGUUCUUAGCCAUAUAUAUUAUAUAAAUCUUGUUCAGAUCAAAGAAGAUACUGAAGGUAAUUAGUAUGUACCAAGUUGCAUAAAAAAAGCAAACCAACAUGGGAUUCAUAGAAGAAAUGAGUAAAUAAAUUAACAGUAAAAAGUAA